AUGACGAUUAAAUCAGAAGAUGAAUAUAACAAUGAUAAAGAAUGGAAAAUAACGAAAUUUGAUCGUACACCAAUCAUGAGUACAUAUCUUGUUGCUUAUGUUGUUGGUGAAUAUGAUUAUGUUGAAACCAAAGAUUCAAAUGGUGUUAAUACUGCAGCAAAAGUUCUUCCAUUUUAUGCUGAUUAUUUUAAUAUAAAAUAUCCAAUUGCUAAAGCUGAUCAAAUUGCUAUUCCUGAUUUUGCUAUGGGAGCAAUGGAAAAUUGA